CUGUCAAUCCACAUAGCUCUGUCAAUCAAUCAACGAUGCACGUUCCUUCGGUGGAUGAUUCCGUGCAUCAUUUGUCGGUCGCUGGCUGGCUGUCUCGUUGAUGAAUCUCCCUAAGCCACUCGGCCAGCAGGACGCCGCACGCACUGUGGUGGAUAAGGUGCUGGAAAUACACAAAAUUCGCAUUGCCUACAGAGACACACACACACACACGGAGACACACACGGAGAGAGAGAGAUGGGUGGCUGCACAAUGAGUGUGUUAUGGUGGGGUGUGUGUGUGUGUGUGUGUGUGUAGACCUACCUGUGUUUCUGUCCAGCCACAGACAGGCCAUGACGGGCAUGAUCGACAGUGACACACCUGGCCAGGUGCGGUGGGUGCACACAGCGGGACACACACACACACUGACAUGUGGGCGCCCUCACGUGCUUACUUACUUGCCACGAGGACGAUGAACGAGAAGCUGCCGAGCCGACGGACGAUGUCGUGAUGCAGCAGCAGCAAACUCUGUCAACACACACCAAAUGGACACACAGUGAGCUGUGUCGUCUUUGUGCAGAUGUGCGCUUGGUUACUGACAAUUAGAUAAGCAAAGUCGCACACAGUGGGGUGCGGCUGGAACAGCACGACAAUCUGCACACAUAGUACAGUGCGCCGAUCCGAUCCGAUCCACAUGUGUGUGUCGUCCGUCCCGAUCCAGCUCAGCUCACUUACGGCUAUGUGCGCGGUGAGGAGUCCGUGCGGCUGGCGAUAGAGAUGCAGCCACAGAGGAAUGACAUACAAGUACACGUGACCCUGAACACACACACAAAUGACACACACCGCAUAGAAUAGACAGGCGCCUGGCUCUCUGUCUGUCUGUCUGUCUGUCUGUCUGUCUGUGGCCUUAAUUGUCUGUCCACCAGCCAGCCAUCGUUCCUGCCUGCCGUGCGUUGCGUUGCGUACGUUAAAGAUGAAAUGGAACAUGUACUCGAAGCGAUCGAAUAUCUGCGUGAAGAGGUACCAAAACAGACCGAUGUUGGGCGUCAGCAAAUCGACAUCAGCGCCGCCUGCAGCCGCCCAACCAUACACAACCAGAGCCAUCCAUCCAUCCAUCCACGAAGGCAGACGUUUCUGAUCUCAUCAGCUCUCUCUCUUGAGGUUCUGCGCACCAGGCCAUGGUGUUGGUUUGUCCCCGAGUGUGUGUCUGAUCCAGGCCUCGAUCAGCGCGUAGAAGCCACACACGCCAAUCAGGAAGCUCACUGACAGCAGACUGCACACACACACACACAGACGCAGAGACAGAGAGAGAUCGAGAUAUACAUGGGGAAAUUCGAUUCGUGUGUGUGAGUGCAUCUACACUACACGGACAUACAUGUAUCUCUUCUCUGGGCCACAGGCAAAUGUGUGCAUGGCGGGGAGGACCACUGUGAUGGCCAUCAAGGGGUGAGACGACACCUGCAGCAGCACUGCCGCCUGCACACACAGACAUCCAUCCAUCCAUCCACAGGUAAGUGCAGAUGGAUGGAUGUGUGUGUGUGUGGUGGGGUGGGGGGGAGGGGGCCGUACCAGUGGCAUGAGUAUCCAUCCGCUAGUGGCGAGCAUCAUCGAGUACACACAUCGCGUAAAGGCCUGGAAUGAAAGCGCCUGUGUUGACAGCACCUACGCACACGCACACACUUACACACGUGUGCAUGCAUCCACCUGUGCUCUGUCUGUCUGUGUACGAGGUGCAUACUGUCAGUGGGUUGAGCAGAUACGACGCAGCGACGAAGGACGGGCCCAAAUAGGGCACACCCUGCACACACACACACACGAUGCACACACAUCUCUGCUGUCUGUGUGUCGGCACACACAGGUCGUUCACAGAACAGGUGAGGGCGGGCGGGCAGGUCAGAUUAGCAUGGCUGUGUUGCGGUGUUUUCACCAUAUGCAGUGAUGCAUCAGACAGCAAUUGAAUUGAGAAGUUGGUGUUAUCAUCAUGUAUGCCACGCCACGGCCCCCACACGCACUUGAGUGAGUGCACUGCUGACCUUUUGGUGCGCCCGGGCAGAGAUCCACAGACACACGGCGAUACACACAUCCACAGCUGACAGAACAACACAACACACACACAGGCAUGCAACCAACAUGCAUUCAUGUGUUCCUAUGAGUGUGGUCACCGGUGAGCACCCAGAAAGUCAUCUCUCUCUCCCCCUCUCUCUGCAAAGACACCCACACACAGGCCAACACAUCCGGAUGCAUAAAUCACUCCUUUUGUGUUGCUUGUAUCGUGCUCACCGUAUCCACAACACCCCCCGUGUGCUCAGAGAACCGCUCCAACGCCAGCAGCACUCGCGGAGAUGACCCAAUGACGGCCGACGCGACACCUGAGAACACAAACUCAAUCACAAUCACACACACACACACACACAGAGAGGGAUGUUGCCGGUGUGGGCUGACCGCCAUGCUUUCUUGCGAAGGCGGUCUCCUUGAGCGAGUCGAAUGUGUUGAGCCCGAAGAAGAUGGCGCUGCCUGAUGCCGACGCGCUGGAGUGGAAGAAGAGGAGAGCCCGGAUGGCCACGCCGCAUGCUGCAAUAGCCGCCAGGGACGCUGUGGACGAUGACGCAUUCAUGCCCAUCGAUCUUCAAGAUCUCUCGCUUUUCCACGCAGCCGAGCUUAGAAGGCAGGCCUUGCUGGCGUCCAUUUCGGCUGUAUACCUGC